AUGUACUCCGAGUUGCCCCAGGAUGCGCAAACCAUCUGGGAGGUUCAACUCUGUCGCUACUUUCGCCGAGCUAUGCCUCCAAACUGGCAAGACAAGCUUGCGUUUUGUGAAAUCUCCACCGGAACCAUAACAGAACUUGCGAUGUACUUUGAGCGCCUCGAAAGGCGCGAAAGGCAGAAUGGCCGGGAUCGCCAGAAUGGUCAGGGAACACAUGGCGAAUGGAGCCAAGGUCGGCGCGACCAGCAACGCUCGUUCAACGCCCGCUAUGACCGCGGAGAUCGACGCAACCAACGCGAAUAUCGUGACUCACACGAGAAUCGUCCUCACAAACGGACUGUGACAGAUGACAAAAAGAAAAACGAGCGCCAUGAUGAUAAUGAUAUGUGGUGCAAGUUCCACAAAACAAAGUCUCACAACUCCAGCGAGUGCAUCGCCCUCAAGAAGCAGCGCGAGGAGCACAAGCCCGCUGAGAUUAAGACAACAGUCCCGAGCAAAAAAAAGUAUCCCAAAUUUAAAGAAGAGUCAAGCGACGUCUACAGCAACAGCGUGCUCAAGCUUGAAGGCCUGGUCGCCAAGAAGCAAAACAGCACCAAGCUUGCUCCGUUGCGCAUCAAGGAUAAGCUUUAG